AUGCAGCAAAUGCCAGUGUUGCAGCCCGCCGCGCCCCGCUUCGGCCCGGUCCUCCCCGCCCUCAGACCCGACCGGCUCCGCACCGCCAAAGCUCUGGUGGAGAAGGCGGUCAAGCUGCAUAAGAUCUUCUCGGUGCAGGGCCCAUACCCAGUGAUCAGGGAAGUCUUGAGGUCCAGGGGGUGGGUGGAGAAGCGCCUGCCCCGCCCCCUCCACAAACCCUCCCAGAGCCAGGGCACCGAGACAGAAGACGACGCCGCGGAGGAAGACGAGAAAGAGGAGCUCCGCGAUGACAUGGACGACCUCACGUCCCGGAUGGUGCGAAAUGAAACCACGUACUUGUACUGGACGGCACGCAGAGACGCCAUCGACUGUCACUCUCUGCGCAAAGACCAGAUGAUAAACCACUACGAGAACGCCGCUACUUUUACCACUAAGGUAGGUCUGUGUGUGAACCUGAGGAACCUGCAGUGGUUUGACUCGGCCGACCCAGACACCUUCUUCCCCAGAUGUUACGUCCUGGGAGCAGAGGACGAGAAGCACGCCUUUAUAGUGGACUUCAGGAGGACGGCCUGCACCAGUCUGCUGCAGCAUGUGGUGGAGACUCACAGCAGCAACAACAGAGAGGCUCUGCAGACAGAACAAAUGCAUACUCCAGCAGAGCCUCUGCAGGCCAACAACAGUGAGAGCAGGAGAGCAUGCAUCGUUGGGCCUGGCAUCAUAGAGACAGCUCUGCGUGUGUGCCAGGACUUCCUCAUUGAUCUGGAUCACGGAAACAUUGACCGGAACACAGACACGCCCCAGUCCACAGAGGAGCAGCAGUGGGCGGAGUUUCUCCAUGAGUAUUACCGCGUUGUGCAUGAUGGAGCAGAGAUCAGAAACAGCGCCCUCUUCCUGCAAUCGUGUGCACAGAUGCUCCAGAGGCUCCGAAACGUUUGUCCUCAACUCGACACCGACGGAGUCAACAACAUCUGGAUCAUCAAACCAGGGGCCAAGUCCAGGGGCCGAGGCAUCAUCUGUCUGAACCGUCUGGACGACAUCAUGGCUCUGGUGGACAGGGACAGGGCGGUGAUCAGGGACAGUCGCUGGGUGGUGCAGAAGUACCUGGAGCGCCCCCUGCUGGUGCACCACACAAAGUUCGACGUGCGUCAGUGGUUCCUGGUGACAGACUGGAACCCUCUGACCGUGUGGUUCUAUGGAGAGUGUUAUCUGCGCUUCUCCACCCAGCCCUACUCCACCAAGAACCUGCACAGCUCAGUUCACCUGUGCAACAACUCCAUCCAGAAGCACUUCCAGCCGUCCAAAGACAGACACCCAGACCUGCCCGAGGACAACAUGUGGUCCUGUGCCCAGUUCCGGAGCUUCCUCUCUGAGCAGGGCCGUGAGGAGCUGUGGGGGAGCGUGGUGGUCCCGGGGAUGAGGCAGGCGGUGGUCCGGGCUCUGCAGACCGCCCAGGACUCGGUGGUACCGCGCAGGUCCAGUUUCGAGCUGUACGGAGCAGACUUCAUGCUGGGACAGGACCUGAGGCCGUGGCUGUUGGAGAUAAACGCCAGCCCCACCAUGUGCUGCUCCACCGAGGUGACCGCUCGCCUGUGCCCCGCCGUGCAGACCGACACGCUCAGGGUCAUACUGGACCGAAGGAACAACCCCAACGCCAACACAGGGGCCUUUCAACUCAUCUACAAACAGCCUGCGGUGGAGGUCCCUCAGUACAUCGGGGUGAACCUGCUCAUCGAAGGGGCUCCUAUCAGACGACAUCGAGCCCAGUUGAAGCCCCCUGCUGCUGCCUCCCCUGCACCUGCACCUGCCCCUGCACCUGGCCUGUCCUACCUGGAGGAGGGGGACAUCACCCAGAAGCUCUCGGUGCAGAAGUCCCACACUCUGGCGAUCAUGGUGCAGUCGAACAAAGAGAAUCGCUCAGAGAAGAGGAGACAGGCCCAGACCUCACACAAGAACACAGCCUCCAAGCUCUCCUCUUCUGCGUACAAGCCUCAGCAGCACUUCCUCCCUCCAGAGCUGCCCGUCGUCGCCCACGCCGAACCCCAGAGGAAGGCACGUCGUCUGGGCCACGGAUCCUCCUCGGCCCCCCUGGUCCCACGGAGCCUGUCCUUCUCCUUUAACCCCUGCGGACCCCCCCACGCCAGGACCAACCCGAGCACCUGUCACCGCUUCACCCUGCCCCCCGCGGCUCCUGACCCCCAACACCGCACCUGUCUGACCCUGCCCUCCAUCCAGGUCUUCAGCCUGAGAACAAACAUUACAGCUGGGAGAAUGUUCAGUCGUAAACCCACUUUUCACUCGGUUCACUCCAGUGCGCACAGAAAACAGCUUUUUUUACUUCCCUACGAACAAAGUGUGGCCAUAAAUAAACAGAAUGAACAGAAAUUGUAA